GCACUCUGGCACCGCUCGGCUCGGCUGCGGAGCGGAGCGGGGCUCGGCCCGCACCCGACCGGUUGACCGCGCCACCCGACCUGACGCCUCUCCCUCUCCAACAUCGGGCACCACCAACCACCCCGGUCCGCCCGUCCUCGCCUCUCCCUCCCACCGAUUAGCUCGCCGCCCGCCCGCCCGCCCGCAUCCGCGCGCGCGAGAUCCGGACGCCACCGCAGCGACGAACGGCUAGGACGGCGCCGACGCGGAGGAGGUGGGGGCCAUGGAGGCGUCUUCCUGGGACGCCCUUCGUAACCAGGCGAGGAGGCUGGAAGCUCAGUUAGAUGACCAAAUGACUGCAUACCGUAAAUUGGUUUCUAUGAAAUCGGAUGGUUCAGAGAAUGAUAUCGAGUCCGAUAUAGAAAGAUCACUGAAGCAACUACAGCAAGUAAAUUCACAAAUGCAAACUUGGGUAUCGUCAGGAGGUUCUGAUGUUCUUUCUCAUACGCUGACUCGUCAUAUGGAGAUUUUGCAAGACCUUACCCAGGAAUUCUAUCGGCUUCGAUCAAACCUCAAAGUGAAGCAACAACAUGCUUCCCUCCUUGACUUGAGAGAUUUUGACAGAACAAAGUUUGAUGUUGAAGAAGCGUCAGACUCAGCCGAUCAAGCUCUUCUCAGGGAACAAGCUGCAAUUAGCAGGAGUUCUGGACAGGUUCUUCUUGUUGCACUACCAAUGGUGGAGGGGAGAGGGGGCUCCCAACCUCGUGCUGGCAACCCUGGUUCAAUUUUUUUGUGCCAGUUGUUUCAUAGACUCAGUUGAUAUCCUCUGCAUUGAAGUGGCACUUGCAAUGCCCAGGACAGUUUUAGACAAAUGUGCACAAUGACAAUAGGGCAAUGAACAAAAGUUGAAGUUUUUAAGGAAGCAAACGAUUGCAUGGUUAAGAUGCAAAAGUGAGGCAAUCAAGCGGCUAUAAAUUUGUGCAUGAUGUGGAAAGGCUAUAGGGUAGAUUAAGAUAUAUUGAUUGCAGAUAGUGGAGAUCAAUUGUAUACAGAUAUAAUAGAUUUUGUUUGUUUUUACGUUAAUUGACACUACUAAUCUCCAAUUCUUGUCUCUGCUCCUGGCACUUUGUACUUAUUAAUACAUGCUUACCUCUUACUCUCA